CCUGGCGCCGCUGCCAGACGUCGCAGAGCACGGUUGCACAGUCAAGAUGGCACCACGCUGCGCCGCGCCGCGCCGCGCUGCAGAAGCCAUGAGGAAAACCGCUGGUAUCCGGUGGAUGUCUUGGCUUCCUCUGCUGGUAGCGAUUUCUCUGCCUCUUGCUGAAGGACGCCUCGACUGCACGUGCCACGUCCGGGCUCAGAAGCGCAGCGUGGUCCACAUCAGUUGCCCUAGCUUGCAGAAUGGGAGUGCAGCCGACAACUGCGUGACAGCAGGGCGUGACAGCGGCCUGCCAGCUCGGAGACGCGACAACGAAGGCUUCCUGUUCCUGCCUCCACGCUCAAUGGUCAGGUUUUCCCGAGCCUGCCAGUCGUGGCACCAGGCCCGCUACGCCUGCGAGGCUUUCGACGCCACCUUGUUCGUGUCUGUCGACGAAGAGAGUGUCAAUCUGCUCACAAAGAGCCCCUUUAAAGAGCGUUACGUCGACCAGUAUUUCAUCGGACUCACUGAUGUGCUUUCAGAAGGAAUCUUCGUGGACAUAGAAGGGCAUCCAGCGCAUUACCUGAACUGGAGCAGCGGUGAGCCGAACGACGUGGGGGGUAAAGAAAACUGCGUGACGCUGAACGCCAAAGGCCAGAUGAACGACCUGGGCUGCGACGUGGACGCGCCGUUCCUGUGCGAGCGCCGGCUGCGCUCGGCGCCGCCCCCCGGCUACACGCUGCUGCCCGCGGCGGGCUCCUUCGUACGGCUCGGCGACGCCGGGGACCUGCGGGCGCGCGCCGCGGCCGCCUCCGCCUGCGCCGCCCAGGGGGCGCGCCUCUUCGUGCCGGACACCGCGGCCGCCACCGAGGCGCUGCUGCGCCACGUGCCCGUCGACGCCGGCCAAAUGCUGGUCGGCCUCUCCGACGCACACACCGAGGGAGUCUUCGUCACUGAUGCGGGUGGGAGGAAGAGCCCGGCAGAUGCUUGCAAUAAGCUGUCGACUCUGCCAAGUAACUGGCGGCGACUGCGUGUCGGCGUCACAUCACUGUCUGCGCAGCACUCUCGUCUGUCCCCACAGAACGCGCCUUGCAGUUCGCGAAGACAUCCGACAACGCGGCACUGCAAGAGACGGCCAAAAAUGAAGUCUGUAGCGUUGGCGCUGGUGCUGCCGCUCUUUAGUCUCGUCGCUGGUAGCUUUGACCUGCCAGAUCUCUGCCAGUCACCGGGCCUCGAGAGCAAGUUCAGCUUCUCGCUCAAGAGCGAGCGCAACGACACCGGGCCAUGGAUCUCCACGGUGAGUGGGGAGCGGUCUACGCCGGGCGGCGUGGCCGGCACCGACUCCUGUCCCUGGGAAGUGCGCGUCGGCCACGAGGUCACCACCUGCCCGCUGCGGAGCCGCGGCGUGCGCCUCGCUGCCACCAUCGAGAUGCAGUCGAACCUGACGGACGCCGACGUAGCAGCGCUCGUGAAGAAAAGGGGCGAAGUUCCGCCGCCUACGACGGAGUACAAGACGAAGCUGGGGCACAGCGAGUACAAGCUGGACCUGCGGCUGGUCAAGUGGGAGCUGGCGCGCCAGUACUGCCAGGAGGAGGGCGCCGACCUCGUCGUCAUCAACUCCAAGCAGGAGGCCGACGUGCUGCGCAAGAUCCUCGCCGACCACGGCGUCAUCUCGGAGGACCCCUACGAAAACAAGCAGGUCUGGGUCGGCAUCCACGACCGUCACGCCGAGGGCAACUUCGUUACCGUCUUUGGCGAGCCGCUGUCGGAGACGGGCUACGUGUCGUGGUCGCUGGGCGAGCCCAACAACCUGAGCGGCAGCAGCGAGGGCGAGGACUGCGUGUCGAUGCUGCGCUCCGGCGACUACAACGACGAGAUCUGCAACAAGAAGCUCGCCUUCAUCUGUGAGCGGCCCUACUUCACCGAAAUCUACAGUUGAUGACCGCCUGACGGAGUCUCGUGGCCGCCUCGUCAGUCGAAAUACCGGAGCAUUGGCAGAUUCCUUCUUCUUGUUUCCCAGCUGUAUGACUCCUCGAUAACAGCUCUUGUUUAUAGGCUCCUACUUUUAUACCUGCUGUACAUCAGAUCUUGCAUAUGCAAAGGCCCGAAAGGCCAUAGUACUUGAGUUAACUGUGUUAUUUACCUGAUGAUAUCAAAGGAUACAAUAAAAGGCUAGUGGAGAGUGUGGUUUGAGAAGCAUUAA